AUGCAGGUUGCCCAGAAGCUUGUAGGCACUGCAGAACAAAGCAAAAUACCUGUCGUCGUUUUAUGGGAGCAGAAGCACUCUGUAAACAGCGUUUAUUUCUCCGUGUAUGAUGGAACGAAGGAAUACUGGGCUAAACUCGGUCGCGCUGUAGUCACAUUCUUCAAGGACAAAGGACAGCUGAAUUGCGUUUGCUGUAAAACCACCAAAUCUUGCGUACACAAGACUCUUGUCAAAUGGUAUUUGGCACAGGAACACCCAGAGUUGCUGCACAUUAGCUCCAAGGGAAGCGGUUACAUCUGUAGUGAGAAUGAAGGGGUAUCAGUUGGACAUUAUCGUAGCGAGGAACCAACAACAUCGGUCACCUUUGAAACCCGAACCUUACAAGAUUCCGGAAGCAGCUUCUAUGGAGGAGAACUUGACCAGUAUCUGGUAACCAGAAAGGGGAAGAUAUACGAUAAAGGUCAUGUGUAUACAGAUGUAGCUGUUUUCAUAAAGAAGUGCAAAGCGUGCGGUCACUUCUACAGGUACCAAGAGCACAAGGAUGGUAUACACAAUUUUGACGACCACGUGUUCCUGUCAGUUCGCCUGUGCCACUGGUUCAGAGUUAACUUGAAGAAUCAUACAGCCGUUGGAAGGGCUGCCGAUAUCUUAUCAGAAGAUUCCGGCUUACAUUUUCCCGGAGACAAAAUGUUACAGGGAUAUCUGCACUUUGAGGCAAUGUGCGAUCACAAGUACAACUUUACCUGUGACAUCUGUGGCCGUUUUCCAUGUUGCCUGGUGACAGAUGCAAAUAGGAAAUGUGCAUUUCCAUUAGCAUUGUCACAAGUACCAGGGACAGAAACAGCUACAGAUGGAAUCAACAUGGAUGUGUUUUGGAGCCAAACGGUGGAGGCGUCUAUUUUACUUCGAGGUUUUGGAAAAGAAGCAGCCAACGUCGGGCGUGUUACACCUAGUUAUGACAACUGGGCUCCUUUCAUUGGAUUAGCCAGAAAAGAUGAAAAUGCUUUCAACACUGAAGCUGAAAAAGUUCGAUCUCUCAGAACCCAUCUUCGAGAUACAGAUUUUGAUACAGGGGAUAAGGAACUGACUGAAGAUUUCCUGAUCCAAAUGUUAUGUGAAAAGAAGGUUCUGGAUGUACGGCACUGGUGUACAAAGAUGGAAGUAGACGCCAAAGGGACCAAAUUAGAGAUGAUCAACAGCUUGAAGGAAAAGUUGAAAAGCAAAUCGACCUUCAACAAGUUAUUUUCAAGCAUAUGGGGCCAGUCUGGUGGAUGGGUAUCAGCGUCCUGCCCCCAUAGAAUAGUGUACGCAUUCAAAGCUAUUCUGAGGCCUGAAAGUGUCAGAGACCAUGUCGACAUCAUUCUAUCUAUGUCAAGACAACCGCCAGUCAUCAUUAGUGACGUAGCCCCAAUGAUGUCACGCCAUGGUAACAAGCGGCGGAAGAACAUGUUCUCGCCCAACGAAGGACGCUUGGGUGAAGCGACUGCAGACAACAUAAAAAAAGCUAAGGAGGGGGUAUUUUCAAAGAGUAUACCUUGCAUGAAGGAAUGGGUGACAGUAGCACCAGUCUCCGACAAUGAUUUGCCAACCUCAAAUGAAACGUUCUGUUUGCUGGAUAGGUUUCAUGAAGGGAAUACAAAAUCAGAUGAGGAACUCCUAAGGCGUAUAACGUUUGUUCCCGAAAUGAAGGGCUCAAUAAAUUCACAAGUUGAAGAGCAGCUGCACAGGGAAAUGAACCGGAACAACUACUUUCUAGAUGCGAUGUCGCCGGGAAACUACAUGUUUGUCCUGCGAUUGCUUCUACAUUUUCACAAUGAACAUACAAACAGGAAAAUGACAGAAGCAAUCAAAGGAAAACUGUACACAGACAUUUCGUAUGGUGAAAUACGUCAUGACAAGUUUGGCCGCCUGCAUCUGUCAGGUAAGAACUUAUAA